CAACAACAACAACAACAACAACAACAACAACAACAGCAGCAGCAGCAACCGCAAUGCCUCACAGCUCCUGCAACACCCAGAGCAACAACAACCCUCUGGCCAGAAGCGACCAUAGAUCCAAUUGCGCGGCCAAGUUCCAGCACUGGGCAUUAUCAACAUGACUCUCCCUCAACGAUGCAAGACUCUGCCGAGAACGAGGAAACUUACGAGACUCGCAAUCUAGCUGACUUUAUUGGUCAAGACCUACCAAAAGCCGGCGAGAUCUCACGUUCUGAACGCCUCUAUUUUAUCGGCACAGAGUUCUCAAAUCUUAACUAUCUCGUGCGUCACCGAGCUCUACGAAGGGAUCAAAAGGACGUGUUGCACUUUGGGACGCGUAGACUUGCGAGAAAGGUUCCUUCAGUCCCAGAAGAAGCUCUAAAGUUACCGCCUAAAGCUUUGGCUGAUGAGCUUGUCACAGCAUAUUUCGUCCACGUCAAUCGAGGGUUUCCAAUUGUCGAUGAGGAUGAAUUCAUGACGAGCUACAAUGGCCCCGACGUUCCGAAACUGGUGUCCUUGCCAUUGUUGAACGCCAUAUUCCUCGUCGGCGCCCAUGUACUCUCCUCGACCCGAGAAGACUGCAGGGCUAGCACAUAUACCUUCUUCCGUAGAGCCAAGAUGCUCUUUGACUACCGCUUCGAACAGCACCGCGAGACGUACCUUCAAGUUGCUCUCCUAUUGACAUGGCAGUGUGACAACCUCGAAGAUAUCGUUGAUAACUCAUGGCAUUGGAUCGGGAUCGGGGCCCGCACUGCCUUUGGAAUGGGCAUGCAUCGGGACGCCCGUUCCAGUACCCUAAACACCAUAGACAAACGCCAAUGGGUUCGGCUCUGGUGGUGUCUAUUUCAGUUUGACGUCAUGGUCUCGGCUUCGUUUGGUCGACCGCAAGCAAUAAACCUCGAAGAGUCGGACACCCCGAUGCUUGACGAAAGUCAUUUUCAGGGCAUCCUUCAUGGCAACCCAACUUUCGCCAUCGAGCACACAAAACUGUGCAUUAUCUUUUCCAAGGCUAUGAGACGACGUGUAGCCUUACGAGCCACAGAAGCCGAUCGAGCAGCGGCAACCAAAGAAGCUGAUGAAGAACUUGCUGAGUUUAUAACUCAACUGCCGCAAAGCCUCCAACUCUCGCAUUCCAACCCAGACACCUGGCAAGCAACUCUUCACCUCUCGUACCAUAACUUUCUCAUCCUUCUCCACCGAACUCUGCCUCAUCAAGAUCCGAGCCGGUUUUCACCUCACUCUGCCACAGAUCUCAGCAUCUGUAGCGAUGCUGUCGUAGCGAUAACCUCUAUCUUCGAAUCCCUCCGCACAAGGAAUACGUUAUGCAAUUUAUGGUUACCUUCCGUCCACGUUCUUUUCACCAGCCUGCUGCACGUUGCCAGCGAGCUCAACUCCUCCAAUCCUCUGGUCGCUGUAAAGUCAUCCCGUAUGUUUGACUCUCUUAUCCACACUCUCCGAGAUAUAUCACAGUAUUGGAUAUAUGCCAAGAGUCUUCUGCGACUCUUUGAGGAGCGGGCUAUGUGGAAAAAGAGACAGAAAUGGCAUACACUAGGGUCAUCUGAAGAGCGAACCUCUCAGGAGAGUCAAGAGAGUGCUCGUGCUGGCGCUUCCGAGUUUUCUCUACGGCCUAAUCCUCUUGAUGUCCCCAGUGUCAUGGGCGAUGCUCCAACAACUCUUCAGCCACCUUCUGCCCCAGUACCUGGACCAGCAUACGGCUUCAAUUUCGACUUCGAUGUCCAACAGGGGCUUCCAUAUGGUGAAGGCUUUUCGAACGGCCUUGAUCUAGCCGGAGAUGGGAGCGAGGCCAUGAACCUGCUCCCUGUACCUUCGGUAUUGGAGUUUCUACUGGCUGGCGUUGACAAUCAGUAUGACUUCUAA